AUGUACCCCAGUCUCUUUUCUCACUCAUCAAAUGAAUCACAGACGCAAAAGCAACAGGUUGGUCACCAACUUUGGCAAAAGAAAAUAGAGUAUAGUAUUUCUUGAGUUUGGUUAAUUCUGGGGGAAAAAACCUGAAAAAAAAACAUUGCGUUUAAAAACGUAUGGUUUUUCUUCAGCUUUUCGAGAGUUCACUUAAAAACUGAAACUGAGGGCACAGGAAAUGUGUUUUGUAAUAUCUUCGUAGUUUCAGCCUAGCUUCCGCUUAGCAAGUUGUGAGAACAUCGUUUCUCGGUCCCAGACCUCGUCUUCCCCCCCCCCCCCCAACCUUGAACAUAAGUCUUACCAACAAUAACAAGUUAUUUCUGUGGUCUUAAGGCUCUUAGCUCACUUCAUUUAAGAAGUGAGCUAAGUCAUCCUGAAACCGACGGUUCUCUUACAACGAUGGCUUUUAGUUGUGGAAGUUACUGUCCGAACAAUAUUGCAACGGACUGCAAUCCGUUUCGGAAAUACCUCUGUAUUUGGAAACGACCUGAAGUUUCCUUCAUUAUACGUUUUUUACCGUUCGGGAAGAGGCAGGUACAAAAGUCGGACCGGAUCAACUCGGACCGCCAAUCUAGGUCGGAUCAACUCGGAUCGACUCGGACCAACUCGGAUGAAUAAAAAAAUAGAAAUAAAAUAAAAUUGGACUCGGAUCAACUCGGAUCAUAAAAAAAACCAACUCGAAUUAUAAAAAGAAAAAGCACACAUACACUUCCAGUGAACAUUUUCAACUUGGAAGGAGGAGAAAUCAUGCUCGCCCGGGACAACGAAAAUUUUCGUACCCCGGGCGAGCAUUGAACUCACGACCCUCCGAAUACUACACGUUUAUUGGACGUUCCAACCACUGAACCGGAGGGUCGCGAGUUCAAUUCUUGCCCGGGGCAUGGAAAUUUCCUUUGUCCCGGGCAAGCAUGGUUUCUCCUCCUUCCAGGUUGAAAAUGUUCCCUGGAAAUGUAUGUGUGCUGCUCACUAGUGUAUCAUUAAAAUUAAGUUUCAGAAGUCCUGCAGAAAAAAAAAACAGGAACAAACAAACAAACACUCUUCGGUAACUAUCUAAAUGCGAUCAACAGACCAGGCUUUUGAUGCUUUUCUCGUAAAUAAUUCAGUGCAUUUAUUAAUCAAAAAUUAUACGCAUAACUUAUGAUCACGCUCACCUCAACUUCUUUGCUUUGUGACAAAAAGCUGCAAUAAAAUAAAAGAAUAAGCAAAUAUAUAUUCUAGGCGAAUGAAACUAUCAUUUUCUUAGAAUGAAGCAAAUUCAUUGAGAAAGAUGGUCGAGAUUUUACCUUCCUCGAGGUCAUCCAUAUCUGUGAAGCAGAGCGCGUCGUAUAACGCAACCACAACCACGAGUUUAUAACAUGAUCCGAGAGAAACUGGCACUAGUAAAACAAAAUGGCGCCUGAAAGCCACGGAGAAAAAAAGGAUGAUCUGGCCUUUUUUACCCUCCGAAUGGGUUAAACUUUCAGUUUUGCUGAUUUAAUUUAAUUUUUUUGAUUGCUCCAAGUUGAUCCGAGUCCAAUUUUUUUUUUUUUAUUCGAUCGGAGUUGGUCCAAGUGGAUCCGAGUUGAUCCGGUCCGACUUUUGUACCUACCUGUUCGGGAAGUCGAUUUAAUCGUGCACUUUGAAAAAACUUGCUGAUUUUCGUACGUGGAGUUUAUACAAGCCGGGAGAAAAUGUGGAUCUUUGAGAUGUUUUUUACGCCCGCAUUUUAAGCAAAUAUGGAGCUUGAGGCUUGGAUCAAACCAGUCAACAGUAGACAUGAGGUUCUGUCGUUGUAUAGUCUUGUUUUCAUUACGAACAGAAGUGGUUCGUUUUACUCAAUCAUCCUAUUGGCUCAUCAACUGUUAGCCUGUUCUAGGCGUUUAGAGAGUGGCAAGUGCCACUCUCCACUACCAGGCUCAUCAACUCUUGUUUUCCUUUACCACUCGCACAGAUUUCGGCAGAGACUCGCCUCAGUAUUCACGACUCACCAUUCUUCGCUGACAUUCAAGACACCGUGGGAACAUUUCUAGCGCCUCCUGAUCCUACUGGUAAGGUUUCUUGUCUCCUAGCCCCUCCCCCCUCAGUUCCCUACCUUCCCAAUUACAGAUGUAACAAAACCUAUUGGCGAUUAACUCCUUGAGCACUAAUAAAAAGUUGUACAUAAGUUCGUUGCAGUCAAACGUCAGUUUUCUUUGUGAGAUUUCCUUCUUUUUAAAUUAUUGCGGUUUAGACGUGCAACAAGUUGCUGUUGUCACAUCCCGUCCGUAAUUUAGGUGAAAGAAAUCGGACUUACACGGUUAUGUUUAUUCAUUAGUCUGUUUAUAGACCAAAAAGGUACUCUACGUAGUACUAUCCGGUAUGAAUAUUAGACGGACCAGGCCUUAUUACUGGUACAUAUACAGAAACGAAAAGCGUGUUAUUAGUUAAAACAGUCACUGAGGAAGUUUAAAAGGAAAAGAUCUUGUUCCGAUGUAGACAUUUUCUGGUGUUACCUAAAGUGGGCGUUGUUUGCACUUAUUAUUUAAACUUACUUCGUAAAACAAGGGGGCAUAACAUUAAGGAAGAAUAAAUGUUCCAGGGCCGAGUUGUUCGAAGCUGGGUUAAGUUGACCCAGGGUUAGUGCGAGAUUUGAAUUCAGAUUUGAAAGCUUAAAAAGCAUUUCGGUUUUAAUUCUUUUUGUCUACAAGCUGAUUAUUGGAAGUAAAAAUAACAGAGAAAAUCAUCCGAGAAAAUACUUUUGAACACAAGAAAAAGAAACCGGGGUUAAUUUUAACCCCGGGUUAAGCUCUAAUCGGCCUUCGAACAACUGGGCCCAGAAGUCUAUCAGUGUGAAAUCGAUGGUUUCCUUUAUACCAUCAUGUGACGUGGGAUCCGUAUUUCUUCUUGUAGCUGAUCCAAUGUUAGCACUGCCGUCCAUUCCUACAGCGCAUGGAUCCAGUCACGGUCUGACAGCUGCUGCACCCUUCAAUGGUAACCCCCUUCAUAACGUUCAGUAUCCACAGUAUUACCCCUCCCCUGAUAUCUACACCUACCACCACAGUGCCCUGUCCUCCAUCUUUACACCUGCAGGAUCCAUGGGUAACGAUUCCUAUCUUUUCAGAGGUUCUGGCCUGUCUACAGUCACACAGUACGAACCCGAGGUGGGUUGUUUGUCUGUUAGGAUUGUAUUCUCGAAAUUGUUAUUAAACAUUGGCUAGGAUUUAUAUUUGUCGAGAGAGAUUUCAUGGGGCAGGCGGCUUCUCAGUAAUCAAUUUUGUUAAUAGUUAUUGAAAUUCGCUGGACUAUAAAGAUGUUAGAACUCGACGUACAACCUUGUAACUAAACUCUCUAUUAGGCUAAAAACUCUACCGGUAAGGCGGACACCGGGUGAUGGUCUGUUCUCUGCAGUUUUCCAAUCAUUCUACUGUAACUAAACUCUAUAUACUAGUAAGACGCGGACACCACUCUGAGACGGACAAUUGGAGUUGGUAUCCAUCUCAGAGAGAGUUAACUUUAGACAGAAAGGGUCAUGCUCAGUAUAUCCAAAGAGUCAGCUGAUUAUUUCCCAGAUCAUACACUUAGUUGAGUGAUCUUAAAACUGUCAAAUGAUUGUUAGCAGGAGAUCACACGUUUACUUUGGUUCCGUACCGAUAUUGAUUAUUCUUUCUUUGGUCAAUUGUUUAGAGGGACACUCUCCCCAGUACUCAGGACGUGCCGUCACACGAUCCUAGAACAGCGAGACCAGUUCCAGUACCUCUCCAUUCUGCUGGUAAGGUUUCCAUCCAUGGUGCAACUAAAACAAAAUUCUGCAAUUUAAAAGGCUAGUAACGCCGUGACUGACUUGGCCACCAAUAAGAGAAUGUACAGGACUUUACGUAGUGUUGCAACUUGUAUUAAACGGUCCUGUCGUGCUUACUACAAUACACAGAUACAGGCCCGGUUCUUUUUUAAUAGUUGGAUAGCGCUAUCCACCAGAAAAAUCACUAACCAGAGGAUAAGUAUUUGAGAAACCGACACCUUUAUGCAUUAGAUAGUGAGAUACCAAGUGAAUAGCACUAUUUACCUUUUGAACCACUGGGGCUGAAGGCACUUUUCUUCUACAAGUCUGUCUUCUAAUAUCUCCAAACUGGACAUUUUCUUGUGUAUGCUCAACUCAAGUGGCCGUUGCUUUAAUUACUAAUAUUGUUAAAUAAUCUAAGAAGGCGUACAAUGCUAGAAAAGGAGAAAUCUGCUUGGAGACCAUGAGUGUGACACCUGUCGCGUUUACACUGCACCUUUAUGUAAACCUGUGGGAUCUUAAUUUUUAUUUUUUUUGUCUCUAGGAGCUCCCAUUCCUACGUCGCAUUUCUCCAGCCACAGCCUGGCACCCUUCAGUAAACAUCCUCAUCGUUACAGAGUGUUGGAAUCACCAUUGCAGGCAUGGCAACCGUGA